AUGAACGCUCGCGAAAAGGACAGUAUAUUCUUCAGUCCCUUGAGUCGCUUUACAACGGCGCAGCUAUGCCAGCGUCUCGUCAACGCUGCUAUCCGAGAGGGAAACCCGGAUAAGUUGAGAGAGCUUCUCGGGAAACGUGUCGAUCUGGAUGGCGCCGAUGGAGAAGGACAGACUGCGCUUCAUCUGGCUCUUCGGUAG